AUUGAGCUCCGGCAGAUUUUGUGUGGAGAGAGACGGACAGCAGCGGCGCAGCGCGACGGCCAACAGGAGACCGCUGGCUCAAAAAAACAGAAAGAGAGAAAGCGUUUUUAAAACAAUGAAACCGUCGAUGAACGGUUUGCAGCUCGCCAGUAAAUCAACGUCGUGUUCUCUUCAAUGACGUGACGUUGCUCAGUUAAAGCCUGAAGCUUAGCUGCUUGCUAGCGGAGAGAGAGAGAGAGAGAGAGGGCUGUGUGUCAUUGAGAAGGCAGGACACGUCAAGACGAGGCAGAAAAAGGCUGCCAGGCUAUCGCUAGCCACACUCGGUGUUCCUGUGGGAUAUAUAUAUAUAUAUAAAAAGCUUUUCAUCUUGUUACACAAAUCAGCUCGUCACUUAACUGGCAUCGAAUAGCUUUGCGGUUCUCGUCGCAUCGGAUCGGAUCCUUCUCCCAGCCGUCGCCUGGACCAAGGGUAGGCAGUAAGGAUAGAGUACCGUGUGGCAGUCUUAACUGGAGAACAUAAAUGGGGGAUUACGGGUUUGGAGUCUUAGUGCAAAACAACACUGGCAACAAGUCCGCUUUCCCGGUACGAAUUCACCCCCACUUGCAACCUCCGCAUCACCACCAGAAUGCAACACCCAGUCCUGCUGCUUUCAUAAACAGCACCACAGCUGGGAAUGGCAGCAACGGUGGCUCUCCCUGGCUGUUCCCUGCGGCCACUGCCCACAGUAACAUGCAAGACGAAAUCCUUGGCUCGGAGAAGCCCAAAGCCCAGCAGCAGGAGCUCCAAGAGACACAAGAAAAGCAGCAACUCUCCCCUGGGCACCAGGAGGGUGGGAUCAUCUCUGAGCUGGAGAAGGCCCGCUCAGAGGAGAGCAAAGUGGAGAGCAGCCCCUCUGAGGGCACGAAUGGCAAAGAGAAGCUCCGCCUUGAGUCCCCUGUGUUGACACCCUUUGACUAUCAGGAACCCUCUGGCCUGGGCACAGCUGUCCAGUCUAGCACCUCCUCCUCCCUGACCAGCUUCAACAACUGGUCGGCUGCUAUCCCCCCAACCCCUUCCACUAUCAUCAACGAGGACAUCAGCUUCUUCAACCCGGCUGCAUCCGCCAACAAUGGCCCGCUGCUGUUCCAGAAUUUUUCGCACCACGUCAGCCCAGGCUUCGGGGGGAACUUCUCACCUCAGAUUGGCCCCAUCUCCCAGCACCAUCCCCCUCACCCCCACUUCCAGCACCCUCACAACCAGCACCAGCAGCACCGUCGCUCGCCUGCCAGCCCGCACCCACCUCCCUUCCCUCAUCGCAAUGCAGCCUUUGGCCAGCUCCCCCAUCUUUCCAACAACCUGAGCAAGCCGCCCUCGCCCUGGGGCAGCUACCAGAGCCCUUCACCUUCUCCUUCCUCCACCUCCUGGAGCCCAGGUGGCGGCUAUGGUGGCUGGGGAGGCUCUCGGGGUGGUGAGUUCCGUCGGGGCCUGAAUGGCGGCAUGACCCCGCUCAACUCCAUCUCACCCCUGAAGAAGACCUUCCCCAACAAUCACGUGCCCUCGCAGAAGUACUCGCGGACCAGCCCUGGCUUCAACCCCAAGUCCUGGAUGGAUGAAAGCAUUAGCAGGAGCGAGAACAUCUUCCCCUUUCAGGAGCGCACUCGAUCAUUCGACGGCUUCAACAUGCACUCCCUGGAGAACUCGCUCAUCGACAUCAUGCGAGCUGAGCAGGACACCCUGAAAGGUCGCCUUGGAUUCGCCCAUCCAGGAGGAGACAGCCCUUUGCCUAUAAAUGCAAGGAAUUAUGGGAGGCGACGAGGCCACUCUUCUUUGUUCCCCAUGGAGGAUGGCUUCCCAGACGAGGAGAGGGCUGAGCAGAGCCUGCCUGGCCUGAGCUCCCCCCACUGCUUCCCACACCAGAAUGGAGAGAGGGUUGAGCGCUACUCCCGCAAGGUCUUUGUGGGUGGCCUUCCCCCUGACAUAGAUGAAGAUGAGAUUACUGCUAGUUUCCGACGCUUCGGGCACCUGUUUGUGGACUGGCCCCACAAGGCUGAAAGCAAAUCUUACUUUCCACCAAAAGGUUAUGCAUUUCUCCUGUUCCAAGAUGAGAGCUCUGUUCAGGCUCUGAUUGACGCUUGCAUUGAAGAAGAUGGCAAGCUUUACCUGUGUGUUUCCAGCCCCACCAUUAAAGACAAACCUGUCCAGAUUCGCCCUUGGAAUUUGAAUGAUAGUGACUUUGUGAUGGAUGGAUCUCAGCCCCUGGAUCCCAGGAAGACCAUUUUUGUGGGUGGAGUACCACGCCCUCUUCGUGCAGUGGAGCUGGCUAUGAUCAUGGACAGGCUGUAUGGUGGCGUGUGCUAUGCAGGCAUCGACACAGACCCAGAGCUGAAGUACCCUAAGGGAGCAGGGCGGGUCGCGUUCUCUAAUCAGCAGAGCUACAUUGCUGCUAUCAGCGCUCGUUUUGUACAACUGCAGCAUGGAGAAAUCGAUAAACGGGUGGAAGUGAAGCCAUACGUCUUGGACGACCAGCUGUGUGAUGAGUGUCAGGGGACGCGGUGUGGAGGCAAGUUCGCUCCUUUCUUCUGCGCUAACGUCACCUGUCUCCAGUAUUACUGUGAAUACUGCUGGGCGGCUAUCCACUCACGUGCUGGCCGAGAGUUUCACAAACCCCUGGUGAAAGAGGGUGGCGACCGACCUCGCCACAUCUCCUUCCGCUGGAACUAAGGUGACAGGCAGGGAGAUAGACAGGGGAGAGAAGGCUAGGAGUCGCAAAAUCAUCGUCUGAAUAAAUGCACUUUUCUGUUGCUGGUUCCUUUUUAAUUUAAUUAAAAACACACAUUUUAAUUUGUCAUUUAAUAUAAAGUUUAAAAAAAUGGAUAUGUAUCCAAAAAUAUUCAGGAAAAAAGUACAAUAUGUAAUGCAUCUCUGUUUUUUUUGUUUUUUUUUGUUUUUUUUUGUAAUCCCAUUCGAUUUCUUUUUCUUAGAGCACAGAGAUAUGAAAAUAUUGAGUAUUAGUAUAAUUUGUCAUUGAGUAUGACUAUCUGUAUGACUAUAAUUGGCUGUUUGUUAACAUUGAAUUACAAGUAUUACAUUUUGUUUUAUAUUUGAUUCAAAAGGCUACAGAGCAGACAUGGCGAGAAGGUGUUGCUGAUGAAGAGUGCACUUAUUUCUUUGUUGAAUAGAGUGCAAAUGCAGUGUAAGACCCCAGUGUUUUAACCAAAGCUUAAUCACAAUUGGUUUGUAAGAACAGCAAAGCAAAACAAAACAAAACAAAAAAAGCUUCCAAAAGCGGAUCCUCUCAAUAGAUCAAAUAUUUCAACAUUUUAUCAAUUUACGACCAAUGCUAAUAUCUAAUGUUUUUUGACAACUAUUGAUGCCGCAUCAGAUUUCUGGGUUUGAUUUCUAUUAUGAAAUGCAAGAAACUUAUACCUCAAGCUUAGCUGCUAGUUUGUUGAGUAAGAUGUAGAAACCAAGCUGGUCUCCCCCCUUUCCAUGCUGAACACAGAAAAGGGAAAUGACAUCUGCAAAAGGCACAGUAAGAUAUCUGCGCUGUCACUUCCUAAGUAAAAAAAACAAAAGAAAUACACAAAUUGAUUUCAACAGUGGUUGGGAAACAUAGCAUCUAAAUGGGGAAUGUAUGGCGUUAAAAGAGCAGUAAUUUGCCUAUGGGCUGGUUCAGCAGCAAGGAAUCCUAAUCCAUUUGUGGCCCAGCUGCGCCAAAACCAGCUUUAGAUUCUCUAAGGCUGUCGGCAGCAAGGAACUUUUACUUCGUCUCGCAAUGUGUGCAGAUUUCCAAGCCUUUACCCCAGCCGACAACAUUUUUGACCCGAAAAGACGUAAACAUAAUAGCAAAAAAAGUGCUGAAGAUUUUAAGAGAAAAGAAAGACAGAACCAAAUACCUCCUGUUCUGCAGCAUCUGUGCCGACUCAGCCUGAGUUAGAAGCAUAACUGAAGGUAGUCCACGCAUCGCUCCUCAAUCCUCACACCCCACCCCCUACGCACGCAGGUCUCUCACUUUGACCUGCAACAUACAGGUUUUACUUUCAGACAUUAGGGAACCAAAGAUGGCUGUAUAGUAGUGAGCAAGACCAUAGCUCACUUUUUUCUUUUCCCUCCUCCAAACAGGUUUCCGUUCAGUUUAUUUAUGCUAUGACCCCAACACACACACACACACCUCAUUCCAUUCAAUAUUUAUGACCAGAUGAACUCCAGCAAACCAAAGAUUGGCCUUGAAUUGAUAAGCAUGCAGUCAAAAUCCACAGUAACACUAGUGAAAACCACUGAGCCCAGUGUACACUGGCCUUUCCGCAAGUCCACCCGCUUCUUUUCCAAAGGUCAAAAAAGGAGACAUAUGUUGUUCAGCAGUCGGGUAUCGUCUUGAGGAAAUUUAUGCUAGCCGUCAGAUUUUGGGAGGUGAAACGUAAAGCUAUGAACAUAGCAUCCGAUUUGGUUGACGAUUACAAGCUUUCAUUAUCUGAUUCUGCUAGCGUAAACGUCAGGGAGAUAGUGAAGAAUUAUAACUUGAUACACUAGUGAGAAACUUAUCCUCGUGUUGGCUUGAUGGUGUUCUAGUGCACCCAUUCUGCACCAUCACUUAGGCUUGUGGGUGUGGUGGUUGAACAUUUUAGAAGUUAAACACUUUUUGAAGAAUUUGCUGUUAAUGAGAUGAGAUAAAGAUUAUUUUAUACAUGGCCUGCUGAUUUUUGGUACAGUGUUUUCUAGCUAAAUUAUUUUGUCAUGCACAUAUAAACAUUUAUUAUGCACUACUUUUCUAAAUACUUUUUUUUUUUUUCAACAGUCAUUUUAGGCACAUUUUUCACAAAUGGGAAAACUCCUUUUUGCAAUACCUCAAUUUUUCACAUUGUGAAAGGUAGCUUUUGUACUUUUGUUACUGAGAGAUCUGCAUAUAUGGAAAUUUUCAUUUAAGAGAAAAAAAAGUUGAGUGAUUUUAAUAUAUAUUAUUUUCAAUUAUGCUUUUUAUACAUUUCAGUGCUGAGGAAUCUUUACAACUAAGCGCACACUUGCGUUGAUGCGACUUCAAAUCUGCAGAGGAAAGAUCAAAGUAUACCGCUUAAGGUCUUGGAUCUUGUACACUAGAUUUUAAUGACACACACACACAUAUAUAUGGGUUAAAAAAAACCUAAACAACAGCAUGGCAAGAACAAGUUGUCAUUAAAUUAAUGUUAAUAUUAAAAAUGGUUAUCCUAGUUGGAAAAAAAGGUAAACUUGUCAUUUUAGUUUCCUCUCCAUAGCUGGAAUAUAAACUAUAAUAUAAGGAGAAUGCAAAAUUUGGUUCAUGUUUAGGCUGACUCUCGUAUCACAAGAAUGGAUGUUUGAUGUUUAGAUAUUUUAACAUUUGAAAAUAUAUAUUCUUGAACUGCCAACUAGCUCCUAUUGUAAUCCUUAGCAUGCAUGAUGAGAAAAAAAAAAUAAGUACAUGAAUUAGCUAUUAAAAUUAAUUGUUGUGGUUGUGCACCAGAUGUUUCUAAACAUUUAAUUUGUUAAGGACACCCCACACCCUGCACCCUCCUGUAUGUUAUUCUCUAUGCCUUCCCCAUUAUCCAGUAUCUUCAGGAUGCACAGAUAAAGCAAACAUUAAAGCGAAGAGAGAACUCUAAAAAUCCAAUUAGCAGUGCAGGACGAGAGCAUCUUAUUGGACGCUGUUGAAAAGACUUGAGAACUUCAUCCCUACUGUCUGUUUGAAGUAAAAUCACAAACUAUUUGGAGGAAGGGGAACUUUAAGACUUGAAUGUGGUAAAUGUUGCAAGUUAACUUCGAGUUGUUAUGUGCAAUACUUUUUUUGAACUUUUUCCAGAUAAAGACUCUUUGCAAUGUAAUUCUUUAAUGCCAUUUUUAAUUGCUGACAUUUAAAGAAGAUGUUAAUAUGUUUUUCACAGUCAUUUUCUACUGUUAUUGUAAUCCUUUUCAUGCUGGUGUUUGUAAAAAAGAAAAGAAAUCAGACUAUUUGUACUAAUAUAAAUAAUUGAAGUUAUUUUUAAAACAUUAAAGGUUUUGUGCUCAUUUGCUUAUUUUGUUUAUUUCAAGCUACUGUGAUUGAUUGCAUUGUAAUUAUUAGGUCAACAAUGUAUUUAGCUGUUUAUUGGUAUAUUUUUAAUUGGAAUGUAUAAUUAAUUUUUAUAAUUUUGAUCAGAUUUUUGUUAUAUUUUUGAGGUGAAGCUUUUAAUAUGUUAAAGUGUCUAGUUUUUACUAAUUGCUAUAUUGUGCUCCACAAUAUAUGGUUCACAUUUUCUGAAGGAAAAUAAAUAUUUAAAUAUCUGUCUGUUAAUGAUGUUACUUAAUGGCAAAAUUUCAAUAGUUUUUAACUGUGUAUGGGAAGGUUGUUGUAUUUAUUAAUAGCAUUUUUUUACUUAAGAUAUCACCUUAAUUUUUAUUGUCAUUUCACUUUAUAAGUUCCUAUUUUUGUAUUUUUCUUUCUAAUUAAGUUAUGUUAUACAAAUGUCCAUAUUCUAGGAGUUGGUCUGUAAGUGCUAGUGAAACAAAAAGAAAAAUCUAAUGUUAUUUAAUUGUUUGCAGCCAACUAUUUAUAACAAUAUGCAUAAUUUUUAAAUAUUUGUAAUGUGAAAUGUUGAAUGAAUAAAUCUUAACUGUGACAAGACAA